GUUACAGUUGACAGAUCCUAGAAAUAGGGAGAGAAUAUCUAAACAGAGGAAUAUACGAUAAGACUAAAUCUUAUUUGAAUAAUUGAUUCUUUCAAAAUCCACAAUGAAUCUAAUUUUCUAUAGCUUCCGCCAUUACAUCAUGACAGCAUGACGGUGGUCUACUUGUCUUUAUGGGAGGAUGAUGCAUCAAUGUUUAGUGGUCUCCUAACCUCAGGUGAGAGAACCCAGUCUGUGAUGGUGGACACAACUGUUACCCAAAAAUAUGUGAAGGACUACAUAUCUGCUAACAAUUCACGUCUUCCAGAUCUAGGUUCCGAGGAUAGUGCCAUUUUUGUAGUCUUCGACAGAGAGCCGAUAAAAGAGGCUGCAAGUCUGGGUCUUGAGGAGAUGAGUAGCGGUGAGGAAAUGGAGUUACCAAAAUGUCUUGAGGAGCUAGCUGGCAAUGAAUAUGCUUUUCAUCAACGUGUGACUCUCUACAAUUUCACUCCAGAUCACCAUACGUUCGCCAUCUCAGCAAUCAAUGAAGACCUCUUAUUUGGCACUCAAGCAGAGAGUGACAACAGCAACCCACCUCCAGUCGUGGAUAUGGAAUCUGGACAAGCAGCAGAAUCUGCCAGCAACCAUGGGUGAUGCGCCAAGAUUUCACUGGGAGUUGUUGAAGCAAGUCUGACAGGUUAUGUAGCCAACGAGAACAAACGCAAACGUCCUCGUGAGUGAUUCUCGCAAGGCAAUCUAACCGUCAAUCCCACUUAGCAGUCGUUUCAUUUCAAUUGUCUAUUUCCACAUGUUUUCUUAUUUCAAACUUUUGUUGUCUCUAUGAUUUGCUGUAAACUAUUUAUUACUGGUGUAAGAAUUACUAUGAAAUUAAAUAAUAAAGGAAGCUUUGACGUG